AUGUUAAGUGUGAUCGCAGAGGAGGGAGAGAAUGGAUCUGCUCCAAGACUCGAACGACGUCGGAGUAGCCGUGGGGCUGUGCAGCAAAUCCGGCAGUUGAGUGGUGUGGCUGAUGUUGGGUUCCGAAGGCAGGACAGUGAGGCAGAGCAGCUUCAGCAAUCGGCGCUGGCGACUGCAAGGCUGUGGAGGUCCCGAGGUCAUGUGGCGGCUGUUCUGCAAUUCCAGCAGCUGAAGGCGGCUGCAAAGCACUAG